AAAUUCUCUUUUCGACCAAAGUUCAAAAAUGUCUUUUUUCCAAGUCCAUUAAACCCUAAAUCUCACAAUACCCCAAAUUCCUAAAUUUAAUCUCAAUUUUCUUUUUAUCUGUGUUUAGUAUAAGGUCUUAGAUAAUUUUAAUUUUUUUUUUGUGAAUUUUUUGAAUUUUUUUUAGUGUGGUUGAUGGAAUCGAGAGGAUCAUCGAAAUUGUUGGCGCCGGGGUUCAGAUUUCAUCCGACGGAUGAAGAAUUGGUUAGGUACUAUCUCCGCCGGAAAAUCUAUGGAAGGACGUUUAAGUCUGAUCUUAUAUCGGAGAUUGAUAUUUACAAGGUUGAACCAUGGGAUCUUCCUGGCAUGUCAAGGCUGAAGACAAGAGAUUUGGAGUGGUAUUUCUUUAGUGUUCUUGAUAAGAAGUAUGGCAAUGGAGCAAGAACCAACCGAGCAACAGAAAAAGGCUACUGGAAGACAACCGGAAAGGAUAGGGCUGUCCAUCGUAAUAAGUCUCAGGUUGUUGGGAUGAAGAAGACUUUAGUUUAUCACAGUGGUCGUGCUCCAAAGGGUCAGAGAACUAAUUGGGUGAUGCAUGAGUACAGAUUGAUUGAUGAGGCAUUAGAUAAAGCUGGAAUUCCUCAGGAUGCAUUUGUUUUAUGCAGAGUCUUCCAGAAGAGUGGUGCAGGGCCGAAGAAUGGGGAACAGUAUGGGGCACCUUUUAUAGAGGAGGAAUGGGAGGAUGAUGAGUUACAAGUUCCUUCGAAGGAUGAGACUACUGAGGAUUUUGUAUUUGGUGAUGAUAUAUAUUUUGAUGCAAAUGAACUUGACCAGAUUCUUGGGACCGACAAAGCUGUGGCUGGUGCUUCUUUUCCUUCGGAUUAUUCUUAUGGUGAAAAUGGAAGUACGGAGGAGACAAAUAACUCCUCUGAUGCACAGCAACCUGACGAGCUUAAACCAAUUGAUCUAGCUGUUCAAAAGAAUUUUAAUGCUGAGCAAGUCAAUCAUGAAUAUAUUGGUGAAUCAAGCAAGAACAUGAACUCUGAAGAUGGGGAUUACUUGCUUAAUGAACCAAUUGUAAAUGGGACUGAUGACCUCCAAUUUAAUGAUGAAGCUUUCCUCGAAGCUAAUGAUCUUUCAAAUCCCGUUCAGGCUGACAGCUCUGGUUUCGACAUGCUUGAGGAAUACCUUACUUACUUUGAUGCAAAUGACGACUUUCAGAAUAUGAGUUUUGAUCCUUCAGUUUUCUUUGGAAAUGAUGAUCAAAUUUCUGAUCAAGCACUGCUGCCUCAGAAGGACGUUGGGGAGGUAACUCAGCAACCUAUUGCGCCCAAUGAAGGGUUUAGUGAAGAUAAGAAUGGUAUUGCAUCGUCCUCCAAACUGGUACCAACUAAAUUUGAAUCAGAUUAUCAGUAUCCAUUUAUAAAGCAGGCAAGCCAGAUGUUGGGCAAUAUUCACGCUCCUCCAGCAUUUGCUUCAGAGUUCCCUACAAAAGAUGCAAUUCUCCGUCUGAACUCAUUCUCUCGGUCAGCUAGUUCAGUUCAGGUCACUGCUGGCAAUGGGACGAGAUGGCCAUUGGGCAAGCAUGUGUAUUACAACAUUAUCCUAUCUCUUGGCCUAUCACGGGGUAGUAGUGAUGACUCUUCCAUGGAUUCAUUUCAUAAGAUUCAUCCAGGAAAGACUACUUCGACGAUUUCCAGAGGCUGGUUCUGUUAUCUAUUCUUUUCGUUCCUAAUGCUUUUGAUGAGCCUCAGAAUUGGAACCAUAAUCUGUGCCAGUUAAGGUUUCAGCACUCACUAAAGGAUAACUUGAUCACCAAAGCUCAAGGUGGAUAUGUUAUCAUACAUACUCUGGUCUAUUAUUUCAUCUCAAUUAAGACUUUGAUACAUUAGAUUUUUUUUUGUGUUGGACCAAGAUGAAAUCGAUAGUUCUUCACUACUAUUGUGAGAUUACAUUGAAUUAUAUUUUUGUGUUGGACCAAGUUAAAAUCGAUAGUUCUUCACUACUAUUGUACAUAGGAUAAGUUGACAUCGUUGGUGAAAUAGCUUCUGUGGAGUAGUUCAUAUAGGAGUCUGAUGUAUAUCAUAUAUUAUCGUAAGUAGGAAGAGUUUUGCCCACUGA